CCCAGUCCUGACUAUUUCUCAAUCCUUGAAAGCCCAGUUCCUGUGGGCAGCACUCGACGCGCCUGCCCUCUCCUUUCCGCACUUCAAGGGAAAGACGAGAUCUGGCACAAGGUCCCCUGUGUCUGCCUUCCACCAGGGAAGCCUGACAUGGAGCCUCUCCGCCUGCUCAUCCUGGUGGCCGUCACAGAGCUGUCCCGAGCCCACAACACCACCGUAUUCCAGGGCAUGGCGGGCCGGUCCCUGCAGGUCUCCUGCCCCUACAACUCCUUGAAGCACUGGGGCAGACGCAAAGCCUGGUGCCGCCAGCUGGAUGAAGAGGGCACGUGCCAGCGGGUCGUCAGCACCCACCGCUCGUGGCUGCUGUCUUUCCUGAAGAGGUGGAAUGGGAGCACGGCCAUCGUGGAUGAUGCCCUGGGGGGCACACUCACCAUUACGCUGCGGAAUCUUCAAGCCCACGAUGCCGGCCUCUACCAGUGCCAGAGUCUCUAUGGUGAUGAGGCCGACACCCUCAGGAAGGUCCUGGUGGAGGUGCUGGCCGACCCCCUUGAUCACCUGGACCCUGGAGGUCUCUGGAUCCCUGAAGAGUCCAAGAGCUUCGAGGAUGCCCAGGUGGAACGCAGCAGGUCCAGCUGCUGCUCCAAGACUCCUGAAUGGUCAGCCUCUCAUCCCUUCCCUGGCCACCCUUGGACAUCCCCACAAUUCAGCAAUAAUAAGGGUUUUAGGACAAAACUGAGACCCCACUCCCAUACCUGCUCCUUUGGUAGGAUCAGCUCUGAUUGGUUCAUUCCCAUGUACUGGUGUUAAAAUACUGUUAGUAUAACCAUGGAGUGCACAUGUGCGCACACACACACACACACACACACCCCAGACUAUACUAUUAUGCACAGCAGGAAACUGCUCAGCAAGGGAAGGUGAUGUGUUUAAACGCACUCAGCAGGUAGAUCCGUACCUAGAACUCAGGUCUCCUGACUACAGGCUCCCUCAAGCCUCAUCCCAGGGAUGGUGCUGGGUGGGGAGCUAUUCUAGGCCCCUGAAAGCACCUGGUAUCUCCCCGGUCCUUCUCGGUGGGCAGACUCCAGUGUGUAGGCCACCCCAAGGUCUCCCUCAUGUCCUCCUUGUGUC